AUGCUUUCGUACAGAGAAAGAGCAGUGAAGAUGAUAAGCCACGCCCACCGAACACUCCAGCAUCUCAAAAGCGCACGAGCAUUCGAAUACGACGGCGCUGUAGCCGAUCUCAUCCCCGCCACCUUCUGCCUCCUCGGCUGCAUCGGCGAGGCCCUGACGAACGCCAUGCAAUUCCUCAACCCCGACCUCGACGAAUCCCUGAACUUCACCCUGCCCUGGGACUUCGUCCUCGCCUUCUACCCGCUCUCCUCCCCGAACUACGUCCCCGUCGCCGACCGGCACGACCCGCGCCACUCCCUCGACGAAGAAGAAUGGUGCCCCUCGACCGUCCGCUACCUCAUCAAGCGCAGCAACGUCUCCGCCCUCCGCCACGCCCUCCGCCGCGGCCCGCGCAACCGCGGCGAGAGCCACGACAAAUGCACCGAGUACACUUGCUUACUCCAAUCCGUCGACGUCGACAACUACGUCCCCAAACACGCCGACGGCAUCCUCUGCAAGCCCGACGAGGCAUGCGCCUGCCCCUACAUCAAGCCCCCCCGCGCCGCCGUCACCGCCGCCCUCGCCGCCGGUGCCAUCCCCGUCAUCCGCCUCCCCCGCGCCGCCGAAGCCACCACCACCACCACCGCCGGCGACGAAAAACUCGCCGUGGCCCUGACCUCCGACGGCCCCUACGUCGCCAUCUCCCACGUCUGGACCGACGGCAUGGGCAGCAACACCGAAACCGGUCUCCCCGCCUGCCAGCUUUGGAAGCUGGCUGCGCUCGCGCAAGCGCUGCUGCCAUCCAGCGAAGGCCGGUUCUGGCUCGACGCGCUGUGCGUGCCCAAGCAGCCAGCAGCCCGCCAACAAGCCCUCAAGCUCAUGGGACAGGCGUACCGCGACGCGGAGUAUGUGGUCGUCCGGGACGCAAGUAUCGAGGCCUGCUCACAAGACGCAUCGAGCGAAGAAGUCCUGCUGCGCGUCCUGUCCGCGCCGUGGAUGCGGCGGCUAUGGACGCUGCAGGAGGCGCUGCUGGCGAGGAGGUUGUUGUUCGUGAUGAGGGAUGGCGUCGUGCCGUUGGGGGAUGUUCUGCCGCGGGAGGAGCAGUUGUUGGCGGAUCCGGUGUUGGCGGGGUUGGCGGGGGAGGUGCAUCGGUUGACGAAGAUGCGGCGGUAUGGCAAUAAUAGCCUCACCUUUGCGGAUGUGGCGCGCGCGCUGCGGUGGAGGGCGACGAGCCGGGCGUCGGAUGAGAUUCCGGCGAUUGUGAGUUUGUUGUUGGACGCCGAGGGCGCAAGGCGGGUGCUGGAUGCGCCGGUGGAGGGGAGGAUGGAGAGGUUGCUGCUGGAGGUGGGGAAGGUUCCAAAGAGUGUUGUGUUUUUGUCCGGGCCGAAGUUGGGGACGCAGGGAUUCGGGUGGGCGCCGAAGACGUUUAUGACGGUGGCGACGGGGCAGGAGAGGGGUGGGAGGGAUAUGAAUACCAGUGCUUCGGCGGUGGUGACGCCGGAGGGGUUGGUGGAUUACUUCUGUGUUUACCGGCUGGAGGGGGGUGCUGGGGUCGAUGAGGACGGUGCCAGGGAGUUUACUGGUGCUGAAGGAGAGCACUGGGUGAUGCGGUGCGGCGACGAGAGCUUCGCUGUCUCGAGGACGCAUAUGGAGACGGGGAAGUACCGCUGCAAUUUUGUGUUGUGCACCGGACCGAACCUACCGGGAGAUGAGCAGCAGCUUUGUCUGGGUGUCUGUGGAAAUAUCCACCAGACAGCUGGGGAAGAAGAUACGCUGAGCUGCGUAUAUGGAACAAGAUUGGUGAUCAGGAAAUCCCCCCGAAGUGGGGCGAACAACGACGAUGAGGAAGAGGUUCACUCAGAGCUUUUGGCCGAAAUGCACAAGGUCUGUAUUUCGUGA